AAUUAAAUCAUUGUUACUCCAUUAACCGGCCGUGCCGAACGUCUAAUUAAUCAAAUCUAAUGACAAAGUGAAAACAACAAAAUGAAGUGUCUUUUAUUGUUGGCUUCUUUAGCCCUCGUUCGCGGUUAUACCCUCAAAGACAAUGAAAUUCAGACGGCCCGUUUGAGUACAAGUGUCGAUCUAUUGGACAGUGUUAUGAGUGAUUGUUUUGAUACCGAAUCACCGGUAUCAUGCCUUAAAGUGAAAGUUCUUUCUUUCUUGGAUACUAAGCUCGGUGUAACUUCGGAAUCUGCUAGAGCUUUCGAGGAGAAAAACAUUGACAAAGUUAUCUUCGAUCGUGUUGGGAGGAUCCUAAACACAAAUGAAUUCAGGUUCCAGUUGCCUGAAUUCUUAUUCCAAGGAGCUGAAGUGUCAUACAGAGCCGACAGAGGCUUCGAUGUGGACUUGCCUGAAUCUGAUAAUGAAAACGGAGAAGCUCGUGGCAUCUUGAAGAAGAAGCUGUUGCUGCCUGUUCUACUUCUGCUUAAGUUGAAGUUGAAGGCUUUGACGCCGAUACUACUCGCAAUCGUUGGUAUCAAGGCGAUUAAAGCUCUCAUUCUUAGCAAGCUCGCGAUCACAUUGGUUAUUGGAUUCCUCGUCUACAAUCUAAUCAUGAAGAAAGGAGCAAUGCCAAUGGCGAUGGCACCAACUGAAGCCCCUGCCCCACCUGCGUCCCAAUACGGCCCACCAUCUUCACAAUACGGACCUGCAGCGUCAACACCGGCAGCGCCCCAAGAUUCUUACAGUCCACAGUGGGAACCUUCUGCUUCUGGACCCUAUUCCAGGGUGUGGGAUCCUUCACAACUGGCCUACAGCUCAUACUACUCUGGUGACUCGAGUUCAUCAGCAGCCUCAAACCAGUCACCUAGCUAUUCCAGUGUAGCUUCUAUCUCAUCAUCGGUCUCAUCAUCAUCAUCAUCGCCCACCCACUAAAAGAACUUCGUCUUACCUCAUGUAAAAUACACGAAAGCACUCGAAUGGUCUUGUACAUAAAAUGAAGGCACGGUUAGGAAAAGCGAAAGUUUAGCGCUAGUUUAUUUAUGUCGAUAUUUAUUUUAUUUAUUGAACACAAUAAAAAAAUGUUGUUUUUUUUAUUACUGGCAUUAUUUCUUGUGACUA